AUGGAAUCAAUCAUUGUGGCCCUGGCCGCCGGGGUCAUCGCCCUGGUAUUUGCGGCCAUCAUCGCGUAUCGGGUCAUCGGCGCCGACCGCGGCAAUGAGACCAUGAUCGAAAUUGGCGACGCCAUCCGCACCGGAGCGUCGGCAUUUCUGCGCCGCGAAUACCUGUCGCUGGUGCCUUUCGUGGUUGUCGUUGCCAUCGUGCUGGGCGUGAUGGACUACACCGUCUUUAAACACAACCUGGGUAUACCGGCAACCGCCAUAUCUUACCUGGUCGGCGCGAUUUGCUCCGGCUUGGCCGGAUUCAUCGGCAUGAACGUGGCAGUCAGGGCGAAUAUCCGCACUGCGGCGGCCGCCAUGAUAGGACUCAACCCCGCUCUGCGUAUCGCCUUUUCCAGCGGCACCGUCAUGGGUGUAACUGUAGUGGGCAUCGGCCUGCUGGGCGUUACCAUCCUUUAUGUAAUCUUCCAGGACAUCAGCGCGGUGGCCGGUUUCGGAUUUGGAGCCAGCUCCAUCGCCCUGUUUGCGCGCGUGGGCGGCGGCAUUUUCACCAAAGCCGCCGACGUUGGUUCCGACCUGGUUGGCAAGGUAGAGGCUGGGAUUCCCGAGGACGAUCCCCGCAACCCGGGCGUCAUCGCCGAUAACGUAGGCGAUAACGUAGGCGACGUUGCCGGCAUGGGAGCCGACCUGUUCGAGUCAUACGUGGGCAGCAUCAUUUCCGCGGUGGCGCUGGCAGCCAGCGCCGUGGCAUUGGCGGCUGGCGCCGGCGCAUUCCAUUCCCAGGCGGUAUUUCCGAUGCUGCUGGCCGGAGCCGGCAUAAUCGCCGCCAUCCUGGGCACUUUCGUCGUGCGCAGCGGAGAACAGGCCAACUUCGAGCGGCUUUUGUGGGCGUUGCGCUACGGCAUAUUCGCCGCCGGCGCACUGCUCAUCAUCUUCGCCGCCAUCCUCACCAUCACACUGACCCACAACUGGUACUGGUUUGGGUGCGUGGUGUCCGGUUUGGUCGCCGGUACAAUCAUCGGACUGGCCACAGAAUACUACACAUCGUACAGCUACUCCCCCACCAGGAGAGUUUCCGCAGCCUCGGAAACUGGCGCGGCGACCGUGAUAAUUCAGGGGAUUGCGAGCGGAAUGCUCAGCACCCUGAUUCCCGUGUUCUGCGUGUCGGUCGCCAUCCUGCUGGCUUACUGGUUCGCCGGUUUCUACGGCAUUGCUCUGGCGGGCGUGGGCCUGCUGUCCACGCUGGGCAUUACCUUGGCCACCGAUGCUUACGGUCCGGUCGCCGACAACGCCGGCGGCAUCGCCGAACAAGCCAACCUGGACCCGCAGGUACGCGAGCGCACCGAUGCCCUGGACGCUUUGGGCAACACCACCGCGGCCACCGGCAAGGGAUUUGCGAUUGGCUCCGCCGCCCUGACUGCGCUGGCGCUGCUCGCCGCUUUUUCAGUCAGCGCCGGAUUGAUCACCCUGGGGCCCGACGGACGGUUGUCUGAGGGCGGCACGGGCAUCAACCUCCUGCAGCCGCAAAUUCUGGUCGGACUGAUCAUCGGUGCGAUGCUGCCGUUCAUCUUCUCGGCGCUCACUAUGCAGGCAGUUGGUCGUGCCGCCCAGGGCAUCGUUGACGAGGUGCGCCGGCAGUUCCGCGAAAUCCCCGGCUUGAUGGAAGGCACCGCCAAGCCGGACUCCGCACGGUGCGUGGACAUCAGCACCCGCAGCGCAUUGCGCGAAAUGAUCGUUCCGGGUUUGAUGGCGGUCAUAGCGCCCAUCGCCACCGGAUUCAUUCUGGGGGAGGCUGCGUUGGGUGGGCUGCUCAUCGGUUCGGUGUCUGCCGGAUUCAUGCUGGCCAUCAUGAUGGCCUCCGCGGGCGGUUCCUGGGACAACGCCAAAAAGUACGUAGAACUGGGCAACUUUGGCGGCAAGGGCUCAGACGCUCACAAGGCGGCCGUGGAGGGCGACGUGGUCGGCGACCCGUUCAAGGACACCUCCGGCCCCAGCCUGAACAUCCUGCUCAAGCUGAUGGCCAUUGUGUCGCUGGUCUUCGCCCCGGCGUUCGUGGCAGUGCCCUCUUUGAUCAAACUGUAA